GCCACCCGCGAGACACGUCCCCGCGCGCUGCCACUCCAGUGACUCAUGAUCGGAUCUGUAAAACUUGUGUGAACAAAACGUGAAGCACCUUAGGGUUGCAUUUUUUGUGUGUGUUUUGGAUAUUUCACUCCGCAACAACGGCCGUGUUUAAUAAACUUGUAAACAAAAACAACGUGACGCCGGCUCGCCAGAAGCGAGGCGGUAAAAUGGCGACGAAGGGCAAGCGGCCCAUGCGCGCGUUAACGCCCGACGAUAAAAUCGAGGCCAUCCAGCGCGUCAACGACGGCGAGUCCAAGGCGUCGGUGGCGCGCGACAUCGGCGUACCCGAGUCCACCCUACGCGGCUGGUGCAAGAACCAGGACAAACUACGCUUCAUGACUUCGCAGCUCUCCUCUCCCGAAACCGAGAAGAGCAACGACGGGGAACCGUCCCAAAAGCGCGCGCGCACGGAAUCCCCCGCCGCCGCGCCUGCCUCGCCCGCUACCGCAGGCCUCGACCUCAGUUCAUCCACGACAAGCACCGCGGCCCCGCUCGCGACCAACCCGUCAGAUGACGCACCAAUCGAACUCACCACGAAGCGCUCGCAGCCGUCCCCUUCCUCUUACUUGCCUCGCGAACGGCGCCCGGAUCCUGGCGCCAACGCCUCGAUGAGUGCUAUCAGCCCCUUGUCCGGACUUACUCAUUUGCCCGGUCUUUCACAUUCCCAUUUAGGUCUCAGCUUCAAUGAAAUAGCAACCAAUUUGACUCUCCUUGCUCAACUUAACCCCAGUCUCAUUACUCCCGCCGCUCAGCCGGCUAGUCGCGCAUUGCGCUCUGUACGAUCACCCAAACCGGCACACAAUGGACUUCUAAAUCUGAGUGAUAACAAGCACAGGAGCAAACCACACCACCACUCGGAUCCUUACCGAACGAGUUUACAUAAAUCCAACCAACACAAUAUGCCAUCGUCUGCUACUCAACCAGUAGACGAAACCCUGUGGUAUUGGCUUAAAGCACAACAAGCCAUGCUAGACUUAACUGCACAGGCGACGGCAGCCCAUCAACUCCAAAACGCGAAAACAGACACCAGCACAGCAUCAAAGCCGGUCUCGACCGCCGCGCCAUUCCCACCCGCAACCGUGGCCUCACAUUUAGAAUAUAGCAGAAAUCCUUGGCUAUGGCAAUAUUAUAAACAAUACGGUGGCGCGAUGCCGUUGCCAGAUGAUAGACACAAAUCAGCAUCUCAAGUGCCAAAGGAAAAAACUGCUGAAAAUAUUUUAUAUUCACAUUUGACAAAAGAAAGGAAGCCCGAAGGCGAACAGACCGUUCCAUCGGUCCCUACCGAAAAUGAAAGCGCCCCUACUGAAUCCAAUCAGCCAGUGAGUACGGCGUCGCGAGUUGCGGAGCCCGCCAUCAGCCCAGAGCUCGGAACCGAAAACAAAGAGCCGCCUACAGACAGGAGCCACGAGCCCGGUAAGCACCAAGCGAAAGCUCGCACCGUGCUGGACAACCUUUUGUUCAACAACAGCAAUCAGUCUGCGCUUAAAGAGGCGAAAAUGAUGGAAGUGGCGAACGGCGACUGGGAGCCAGGCACGGCGGAGGCUCUCGAGCACGGUGACAAAUUUUUGGCGUGGUUGGAGAUUAGCGGGGACCCCAGUGUGACGCGCAUGACUGUGCACCAGCUGCGGUCGCUGCUGCACAAUCUGCGCGCGCGCCGGUCGCUGCCCGCCGCGGUGUCGGAUACUGACCACGCCGCGCGACGCAAGUAAACCAAUACUUGUGGUCCUCCGCGUGCUAGCUACAGGGAUACUUCAAUUAUGUACUGUACAUAGUUAUAUACGUCGUCGCUAGGAAGCGUUCACUUGUGAUAUGUGUAGCCAAAUUUGCGUAAUUUCUUUGUUUUAAAAAGAAAGCUAUGCAUUAUUUUCUUUAAGUUAAGAAUUAAUUAGAUUAAAGCUCUAACUGACAUUGAUCGCCACCGAGCGAUAAGAGUCUCUAAAGUUAAUUAUAGCAGUUAUUAUAUUAUGAAGUUUUUAAGAUUGCAUUAUUUUCGUUUUUAUCAACAACAACAAACAGCAGAAUGGCGUUAUGUCAUGCUAGCCCCGAAGUGGCAAAGAUCAUUUUCAAUCGUCAAUAUCCUAAAUCGUUUCUGAAAAGCUGCUUAAUAUAAUAACUACUCAUCUCUGAGUUUAUUAAAGAUUUCAAUAUAACGUUGUAAUUAUCGCUUUAAAGAUGGAUGUUAUCUGCAAUCAAUACAUAUUACUUUCUGAUGCACACAACUGUUACGUGUUUAGAAUAUAAGUACCUAGUUCUGCUGUAUGUUGCCAUUUUUCGAUUACAUUCCUAGUUGUACCCUAACAUAGUUUAUAGUCGGAUCCCUUUGUUCUACCUCAAGUAAUAAUUAUACUAAGUCAGAACGUCCUUUUCACAACCGCUAAAAGUCGAUAUUGUUGAUAAAGAUUACAUGUAUUUCGAAUGUGCUUUCAAACCAAGAAGUGCUUGGUUUGAAAGCAAAUUACAUAUAAACCUUUUGAAUGCUCGUAACAUAAACUAACAUAAUAUACAACCACCGUCACUCCAGGUUGAUAUACCUAGGCGUACUCCUCUCCACAGAGGACGUACAACGCCAAGACGAUGACAGCGGUAAAUAAACUUUAUCAUGACUUUAUUGACUUUGAUCGACUAUCACAUCGCGGCAACACGCAACCAAACACGAAAGGACGCACAGUGUGCCAACGCGAAUGUGCAAUUGAUUCGUUGAUCGCAAAAAGGUAUAUGUUAAGAUAGAUGAUCUAUUCCGUUAGCUGUAAGUGAUCGUUGUGUAAAUGUUUUUAUUGCUCAGUAUUUUAAAGACAAUGUCAUGUCUCGACUCGGGAUUGUAUCAUACGUUACGUUAACAGUUAAGGACACUGUGAUCAAAAUUUAAAAAUUAUUGAGAGUUAUAAAUAAUUAUUAUAAGUACAUUCCUAAUUAAUAGAGUGUAUAUCGUUAUAAGAGAGUCCGCAGUAGGAUUGAAAAAAACAUCGUUGCAACCUUAAGUAAAGAACGAAUGUUCAAAAAUUAUGUCACCUUACCAAUGAAGAUUAUUGAUUUACAUUUCAUGUUACUAAUAGCUCUACUUUAAAUUAUUCGAGAGAUGAUAUUUUGUACAAAAUUAUAAAUUUAAUUAUUAAAUUAUUCUCUUUUGACAUGUAUUGUGAUCUCGAAAAUGUUGAGAGAUUAAACUUGAUUGAACC